CAAAUAUUAUACUUAUAUAGGUACAUUGAAAGAAGUGAGAACAUCGCAGUUACGAAAAAGAGCGAAGUGAUAAUUAGAUAGACUAGUUUUCAGUUUAAUUUAUUCAAAAAACAGUCAACGAGUACAUUAUGUCCCAUUCCAGGCAGUACCCACUUGCCAUUUCCUGUUAUACUUUUCAUAACUUGUCAUCCAGAAAUGCCGAUUUUCAUAAUAUACUCAAGCACAUUAAAAAAUUUUGAAAGUUUUUCGAAUUUAUUUUUAUAUGGUACAAUUUGCUUAUGCUUCUGCUCUGGAAGUUUUUCCUAUGACGAUUACACAGUACAAGAGGGCCGUGGAAUCGUCUUUCCGGUGUUUACUGUAUUACAGUUCGCCGUGGGUAUAACUGUACCAACACAAAUACCGAACCGAACUGUGGUCACAAACUGGGGAGUCCUGUCAAACUUACCAUUGCCUAGCAAAAUCAAUCAGUUAUAUCCUUACACCGUGAGAGGUCGACAACUCACUCACGAUCAUUUGUAUGAAUUCCUGACCACAGCUUGGAAUUGGGGUACUUCUGAUGGAAAACAAUGUAUGUUGAAAACGAUUUGCCAAGUAUCAAAUAUGAAUUCAAACAACGGAGAACUGAUAUUCGAUGUACUCCGCUUACUUUUCUCGCCUUCGUCAUUGAAAUAUCCUAUCGCUAGAACACAUUAUAUGAUCGCUGAACAAAGGGGUAAAACAUCUAGAAGUAGUUCAUGUGCUGAAAUGUAUCCCUCUUGCAGUCAUUCAAUAAUAGAUUUAUUAGUUCUUAAAUGACAUAUUUUGUAACAAAACAUAUCAAAUCAUAAUAAUUUUUGUCCUACUCCUAAACAUACCUACAAUACUUAGAUAAGAUUUUCAAUAAAUAUUUUCUAUCGGUCA